GGGAUGCCAAUCACUAACAUCCAUCGACGUCUUGGACGAUGGGCAGAAUUUUUCGAAGGGCAGUUCAACUGGCCUGCUGCUCCGGUAACAUCGGUCAGACUGUCCUGCCCUCCAUGGCCGGUGGCGACUGAUCCACCAAGUGAGGCGGAAGUCCACAAGGAACUCCAACUCUUGAAGCGCUACAAAUCACAUGGCCCAGAUGACUUACGUCCGGCUCUUUUUAAAGAUGGUGGCGACUUUUUGAUUAAGGAAUUGACGACGUUUACAAAGGUUUGGGAGCUAGAGAGUGUACCAACGUCAUGGAAUGAGUCGAUAGUUGUCCCUAUCUUUAAAAAGGGUUCACGUCGUUCCUGUAACAACUAUCGGGGGAUAAGUCUACUUCCGAUUGCGUCCAAGAUAUUGGCUUCCGUCAUGCUUCGUAGGUUGUUCAAAACCCGAGAAAGAUUGACUCGCGAGGAGCAGGCUGGGUUUCGUUCUGGUCGAGGAUGUAUUGAUCAUAUCUUCAAUCUCCGCCAAAUGUUAGAACACCGCCAUACUCAUCAAAGGCCAACAAUCGUAGUGUUUCUUGACAUCAGGGCUGCCUUCGAUUUGUUGGACAGGACUGUUCUCUGGGAUCGUCUAUUGAAGAAGGGUGUGCCUGAGAAGUUUAUUAACAUCCUAAAAGCCCUAUAUAAAAACACCUCAGGCAGAGUGAGGGCAUACAACCACCUCUCUCCAUUGUUCCAUUCGAGCAGUGGGGUUAGACAGGGUUGCCCAAUCUCACCAUUCCUCUUCAACUUUGCCAUCGAUGACAUUCUGGGAACAGCUCUGAUGGAUGUAAGUGAUGGUGCUGUGGAUCUGUUGCCUGGAGAAAGACUUCUCGACCUUGAGUAUGCGGGCGAUAUUGUCUUACUGUGUGAUAAUGCCCAAGGCAUGCAAUCCCCACUUAAUCAGUUGGCAAUCAGUGUCCGUAGGUAUGGUAUGUGCUUUGCACCUUCUAAGUGCAAAGUACUCCUACAAGACUGGCAGAAUUCCAAUCCUGUACUCACCCUGGAUGGUGAGCAGAUAGACGUAAUCGAGAAGUCCGUGUAUCUGGGUAGCUGCAUAAGUGCUGGUGGGGGUGUGAGUGAUGAGAUUAAUGCACGAAUAGUGAAAGCCAGAGCGGCUUAUGCCAAUCUGGGCCACUUUCGGCGCCUUCGUGAUGUUAGUCUGGCUGUAAAAGGUCGGAUCUACAACGCGUCGGUGAGAGCAGUUUUGCUCUAUGCUUGUGAAACCUGGUCUCUCCGAGUUGAGGACGUUAGACGACUCUCUGUGUUCGAUCAUCGCUGUCUCCGAAGGAUUGCUGACAUUCAGUGGCAACACCAUGUCAGUAAUGCAGAGGUCCGGCAUCGUGUGUUCGAUCACAGAGACGAUAAUGCAAUUGGUGUCACCAUCUUGAAACACCGACUUCGGUGGCUUGGAUAUGUUCUACGAAUGUCGUCCCAGAGAAUCCCACGUCGUGUAUUAUUUGCCGACUCUGGGACUGGUUGGAAGAAGCGGAGAGGUGGUCAGUGUAUGACAUGGUGUCGUGGUAUGAAAGAAAGCUGCAGAGGGCUGGCUCGUGUUGGUCCUUCACGACUCCCUGGUUGGGGUCUGAGAGAUGGUGAAACACAGUGGCUAGAGACGUAUCAGAUAUGGCUCAGAAUAGAAGCCAGUGGUGAUCCUGCUGUAACCUUCUUUUACUUUCUUCAUAAAAAGUGGUUGUGUCUCCCUUACCUGAAAGAUUUCUUCCGAUUAUACCUUUCCGUUCCCUCAUUACUACCACACUACCUUACACCAAUCUCUUCGUUAUUGUUCCCUUUUUCUUUUGCGCUCCUUAGUUUUUUUUCUAUUUCUCUUCGAAUUCUCAUUGUUUUGUAUGGCGCAUAUAUAUUGGCGCUCUCUUGUACCAAUAUUCAUGUGUUCAAAUAAAUAAAUAAUAAAUAAAUUCCCAUGAUGGCCGGUGACUAAUGAUUGGUUCUUACUCCAUUUGUUCUCUUAGGAUACUGGAGCCAGCCCGUGUGCACCAUUGGUUUGGAAUGAGGGUUUCCCAAGUCCCCUAGGUAAACCCUCCGUGUGCGUGAACCCAGUUAAAGCGCUAGACAUUCGCUUUUCGUCCUCUCACUUUCGUAAAUGACACCGCCACGAAAAGGCAGUAAUACUUCUCUGGAAGUUGCUGUAUACACGUAGCCAUGUAAGAGUAUUUCGAGAGGGAGAGCUAACCAUACCCACCCUCGACCGUACCGGGGAAUUUGGGGUCUAUUAAAAGUAUGGGGGUCAUAAUCUAUUUCUCGUGGCUGUACGGGAUUAAUAUGCUUUAUUCCUUAAUCUGGAAGGCAAAAUGUCAUGAUUAGUGCUAUUUGGGAAUAAAACGUCUUCCAGUAUAUUGUAAUUAGCUACUAUUAAAAAUUGUAGGUGUCAUUACCAAGGUUUGAUUUGAUAAUUUCGAAUAAAUUGAGCAUUGGGUUGAUUGUUACAAAUAUAUUAUUUUUACUAUUAAAAAUUAUUCAUUUUUAUUUUGUCAAAAUAAAAUCAAAAACAUAAUAAUAUUUCAUUCUCACGCUCGCAUUUUGAGAGUUUUGUAAGUUGUUCAACUACUUUUUGAAAUACCAGUUAAAAAGUUACUUGACUUUUUUCUUAAAUUUUUCUUUGCCUUCUACAUUCUUGUCUUUCAACAGAUUUUCAGAACCGAAUAACUCUAAAAGUGAAUCAACGUCAUCAAAACAAUCGCAUCCUCUACGAUAUACCAAACUGAUCUACGCUUCGGAACUUGAUUACUUUGCUUUUGACAGUAGUACUGGAUCGUAUGUAGCUACACGUCAACUUAUUGAUUUGGAAGAUCGGUUUGAAAAUGAGGUGAUCGCUCGACGUCAUCGCGCUACUUUAAAUGAUCCAGUAAGACAGCCUCCUGAACGUCCUGCAUUGUCGGAUACUGAGCAUCGACGUAAUUCCCGUGCUUCACAUCUUCAUCGUUCGAAAAAGUCGACCCACAAAUGUGAUACAGUGAAUUCAAUGUUUGACAAUAAUUCCGAUAAUGAUGAUGACUACUUGGCGGCUAUCGGUGAUAACGCAGAAACUUCAAAAGAUGCUUGUUUAUCGACUGAAUCUAGAAAUAAGAACUUAUCCAUCGAUCAUACAAAACAUUCAAAAUCAUCAUCAUCUAACUCUCAUCAUCAUUUACGUAAACAUAAAGUCAAUAAUUAUGAAUCUAUUUGUGCAUCUAAUAAUAGUAUUAAUAACACGAGUAAUGAUAGCAUUUUAAAUUCUGAUUAUCACACUGUCAGUGGCCAUUCCAUAGGUCAACGUAGUAUAAGACAACAACGUGAAGUCGCUUAUAAAAUUGAACAUCCUAAUCGUUUACAUCCUGAUAUUUGGCAUAAUGAAGCUAACGAGUUCAAUGAUGGUCCAGCUUGUUCUUGUAAACCGAAAUAUCGUAUUGGACCAUUACACAAUCAAUACGAAGGUGAACAGCCCAUUCCGCUAUGUAUUCCAGAAUCAAAUAAUCAUGAUCGUCUUUAUCAUUAUCGUGUGAUUAUAUCACCGACAACUAAUUUUGUUCAACCAAACCCAUCGAAAAUUACUCAUAAUGAACAUGAUUAUCUAUUCGAUGGUUUCUCACUGUUUAUGCAUUAUAAAUUAGAUAAGCCACCUCCAUGUCAAGUUCUACGUUUCAAUCUGUUAUAUGAUAUUUUCCCGAUUGAAGAGGAAUUCCCUCAGUAUUUUACUGUUCGUUCAUUAGAUCUACUCACACAAUAUGUAUUCAUUGAAUUACUGGAGUUGUUAGAUUUAAACUGGAAACCAUAUGGAGCAAAGGAGAGCUGUAAUGUGAUACAUUUAAUGCCAAGAUUUAUACGUAUUUUGUCAAAUACUGCUACUACUACUACCAAUGAUAAUUUUUCGAUUACAAAUACUGCCACUACUACUAACAAUAGUAUUUCAAUAGAUAACAGUAAAGAACAUAAUAUCGAGUCAAAUAAAUUAAUCGUUUGUAUCGAUGAUAGUAGUGAUAAUAAUACAGUAAUUGGGGAAUUACUACCCGUUCAUGUAAUAAUGCGACACUGGUUAAAAGAGGCACUGACUCCGGUAAUUAAUAUGAUGGAAUUAUCUUCAAUACAGCGUAUGACUACAAUUGAAUGGUCAAAUCAUAUCGCUAAUUUACGAGGCACAUUAGCUUGCUUUCCAGGCAAAAAACCAUCAACUAUACGCAUAGAUCAAUUAGAUCGUCAAUCUGUAACAGGUCAAUCAAAUGAAACCAUAUUAAUUUAUCCACUCAUAGUACACAUGACUUAUACACCAAUGAAAUUAAGUUUAACGCGUGAACCAAAGUAUAAAUCUGUACUUAAAAAUUUUAUGAAAUUACAAUAUUUAAUGAUGAAUAAGCCAAGAAUUAGUACUUCUGAUCGUGUACAGUUAGUACAAUUAGCCAGUGAAUUAGAAGAGAUGGAGCAUUCUGGGGUACAUCGACGUGAAGUUACUGUAGAGAUUAGUUGUGAAGGCUUUUAUCGAACUGGAAUACGACCAGAUAUACCACAAUAUGCAUUGAAUUUAGUCUCAUUAAUAGCUCACCUACGUUUUCAUAAAUCGUUGGAAAGUUUGGAGAAUCGUUUGGGAUAUACAUUUAACGAUAAGUCUUUACUACAUCAAUCCCUUACUCAUCCAUCAUAUCGGCGAACAAAUUUCGGUACAAAUCAAGAUCAUUUUCAAAAUUCAUUGGUUAGUUGCGGUCCACGUAUUUUAGAAUAUGGUGAUAAGCUAGAAUUAUAUAAGGCAUGGCGUAAAAAGGGUUUAACUAAAAUGAUACAAGUUAUGUCAUUUUUACCAAAAAUGAAUGAAGAACGAUCAAAUAUUUAUGGGAAUGAACGAUUGGAAUUUUUAGGUGAUGCAGUUGUUGAAGUUAUUUCCAGUAUCCACUUAUUCUUCAUGUUCCCUGAAUUAUCCGAAGGUCAUUUGGAUGCUUACCGUCAAGCCAUCGUUCAAAAUCAACAUUUAGCUGAAUUAGCUGUUCGUCUUGGCAUUCAUAAAUACUUGUUGUAUACUCAUAGUGUAGACUUUUGUUAUGAUUCUACAUUUAUCUACGCUCGAUCUGAUGCAUUUGAAGCUUUAAUGGCUGCAAUCACUUUAGACGCUGGACUUGAUAUUGUUGAUAGAAUAUUUGGUGCUGUUCUAUUUGGUGAUGAUGAAAGAAUUCAUCGUGUUUGGGUACAAAUCCCAUUGCAUCCAUUACAAUCACAAUGCCCUGAAGGUGAUCGAUCAUGGGCAACAAAAGUCCCUAUGCUAAAGAAAUUGUGUACAUUAGAAGAUACUUUGGGCAUAAAAUUUAAACACCUACGUGUUCUUGCUCGUGCUAUGACUAUACGGAAAACUGGUUUUAAUUUUUAUACAUUGGGAGAUAAUCAACGUUUAGAAUUUCUUGGUGAUUCUUUGUUAAAAUAUGUGUCAACAGAUUAUUUAUUUCGACAUUUUCCACGACAUCAUGAAGGACAUUUAUCACUGUUAAAAAAUUCACUAGUGAAUAAAUAUACACAGGCAUCUGUAUGCAGUGAGUUAGGCUUAGAAAAUUAUGUUAUACGUCGUGAAGAUAAUAGUAUGCAUAAAUACGAUUGCAAAAUUAAUAAUAACAAUGAUUCUACUAAUAAUAACAUAUCGAAACAUUCAAAUCCGUCUUGGAAUACUACUUAUAUAAGUAGUCAAAAUUCAAAUAUACUCAAAUCUAAACAAAAUAAAAAAGGUGGUCAAAAAGUUAUUAAUUCAGAUGGAAAUAAAAAUGGCAAUUGUAAUAAUCCACAAAAUCAAAAUGUAAAAUACAGAGCUGAUUUAUUGGAAGCAUUUAUUGGUGCAUUAUUUGUCGAUAAAGAUUUAACAUGGGUUGAACGUUUUUGUCAAAUAUGUUUUUGGCCACGUCUUGUUGAGUUUAUUUUAAAACAAGAAUGGAAUGAUGCCAAAUCAAAAUUACAACAAUGUUGUCUCACAUUUCGUUCAUUAAAUGAAGAUCCAGAAAUCGCACAUUAUAAAGUUUUAGAACAUAGUGGGCCAACUAACCAACGUGUUUAUCGUGUUGGUGUUUAUUUUCGUGGUCAACGAUUAGCAACUGGUGAAGGUCGGUCUGUUCAACAAGCUCAAAUGGAAGCAGCUAAAAAGGCAUUGGAAUUACAUCAAGAUACAUUUCGUCAAUUGGAUUUUCAACGUUCAGUUAUUUCAAAACGAUAUAAACAACCUUAUAUUAAUAAAAUAUUGGAUCAAGUACAAAAUUGGGAUGAACAAUUAGUGGAAUAUUUUAUUUCAGAUAAACCUACAUCUACAACAGUUAUGUCCACCUUGACUUCAAAUACUACUACGAAUAAUAAUAAUAAUAAUAAUAAUAAUAAUAAUAAUAAUAAUAAUAAUAAUAAUAAUAAAAUUACUCCUAUAAAUAAUAGUGAAAACCAAACAAUGAAACGAUCAUUUCUACCAAACCAUAACAAUGAUAUCAAUGGAGAAGAAUUAUUAUUGUAUAGAAGUACUAAACGUCGUUGUUUUGACAAAAACAUUCCUAAUCAAAAUGCAUGUACAAAUGAAAAAACAUCAUAUCUCUCCGCCGUAUCAUCAACAUCAAGAUAUGGCACUUCUCCUUCAAUAUAUCUAUCAUCACAGACGUCAACUUCAACUAAUAAUAAUGAGGAAGAUGAUAUUGCAAUGAUCGACAGUAAAACAGAACAACUGAACGCGGUGGAAGACAUAGAAAAAGGGAACGAAUUGUUUGUUGUAUUAAAUAACAACGACAAUGAUGACGUCGAAGACAAUAUAAACGAAAAAGAUGAGGAGGAAGAAGGCGAGAUUGUAGAAGACGAUGAUGAUGAUGAUUUUUGUGAUGAUUCUAGUAAUGAUAUUCUGAAUGAGAGACAUUAUAAAUAUAAAUUACUUUUAAAAUGA